CGAGCUGCCUUCUUUUCAUUUGCUGCCUUCCCGUCCCGCCUGUGUGCGCCGCAUCCAUACCAACAUCCACUCACUUAUUCGCCACAUGCUCCCGCAGUUUUCGCCGGAUUUAAUUACAUAAUUGCCCCUGAAUCACCUCGGAGCCGUGUCACGUCUGACUGACAGCUGAUCGGCGCUUUCCCCGUUACUGUAGCUUCACUCUGAGACCCUCCUUGAACACGCCCGUGCCAUGCAGGUGUAGCCACCCAAAAGAAAACAAAAGAACACCUGCAACAAGUCGAGAUGUCAGACCCGGACCCCUCCUCACCAGCAGACCCUCCGCUGCCUUUGACUUCCCCGCGCACUCCCCUGCAGCUCUCCUUCCCCUUCCUGAGGGAGGGCAGUCGUAUCUGGGAGAGGGAGAGGAAACCUCCACAGCCCGGAGAGCUGCCCAGCCCGCUGCCUACCAAACGCACCCGCACAUACUCAGCGACAGUGCGAGCCAAAUCAGGUCCUGUAUUUAAAGGGGUGUGCAAAAACUUCUCCAGGUCUCAGGGUCACGGAUUCAUACGUCCUUCUCAUGGAGGAGAGGACAUCUUUGUCCACAUCUCCGACAUUGAGGGCGAGUAUGUGCCUAUGGAAGGAGACGAGGUCACAUACAAAGUGUGCCCUAUUCCUCCCAAGAACCAGAAGAUCCAGGCUGUCGAGGUGAUGAUCACCCACCUGAAUCCAGGCACCAAGCACGAGACCUGGUCGGGUCAGAUCAUCAGCUCCUAGAACGGCGCUUCAGACGGCGACGCUGCGAAGGCAAAGUGGGGGUUCUGAUUUCAUCUUAGGUUUUAUGUUUUUUGAGAGUGAGGAUCAGGGGCUUGCCGUACAACGACAUCAAGCCAGAGGGGGAAGAAACAGUUAAGUAUCGAGGCUAGGAUUGGAAAUCAGUCUUCGAAUGUAUAUGUUUGAAUGUUUUCAUUUGAAGGUCAUGGCUUCAUCGUUUUAGUUUGAAUGUUUUAGUUGAGGAGUAAAAGUUGGACUUGGGAAAGUUGGGGUGAUGUCUUUGAGGCCGAAAUGCAUUUUGAAGUAAAUUUGAAACUACUUAGCCAUAUUGACGCUCCAUUAGUGCACUGCAAGAGAGUUUCAAGGGACCAACUCAGUGGAGAUCUUAAUGUUUUUCAUUGUUCUAUCAGCGGAUCGCUGCCAAAAGAAAGAAUUUCAGAACAAUCUGAUGAAUCUGAAAGCAUGCUCUAGCCAUAUUGUAUCUGAGUUUACAAUGACAGACGAGACAGAAGAUUUUUUAAGGAUUUAUGAUUCUCUUGUUUACAGUAGGGUUUUCAAAGUUGUGUCAUUAAACGCUACCAAAGGAGAAAACAUAAGGCAGUAAGUAAUUUAAAUUGCUCUCAGUGCUUUUCGGCCUCAGCAGCUGUGAUAAGCUCCACACAUUAGGAAUUAUUUUCCUUCUUAAUAUUGUAGCACUACAGUAUUUUGUCUUCUUGGCAAGUGUAGAAAUCCAGUAUUAUUGUAGCCAGCUCCUAUGACGGUCUGUAAGUUUUGGUGGUAGAGAAAGUGGAAGGAAGUUCUGUUGGCCUGCCGCUAAAAAAGGCCAGAGGGUUUGGGGGCUAGAAGAGGAAGGAAGAAGUUCGGGGAGAGGGCAGAGGAUGGAGUGAAAAUCGAUUUAUUUACUUGAGUACAGGUGCAGCUAGAUAUGAAACGCUAUAAAGCACGUCAAAGGAGGAAGAUCGACAUUAAAGCCAGCAGUUCAAAAACUGUGGGUCGACCUAAAAGCGACAGUGUGGGACUGUUACACGUAAAUGAAAGUCAAACCCUUCUGAAAUAAGUUGCAUCGAUUAUGCUAAUCACCACCAGAGAAAUGGUCUUUGGUCCAUCUUUGGUGGCAGUUUUGUGGUGCGAAAAACUGCAGUUUCUUGAUUGACCACUUGAGGCUGGCUCCAUAAGUGAGCCCAUACAGUGAGCUCCAUGUUAAAAUCCCAAUAUUACAGCACAAAUAAAUAUAUGUACAAAAAAUCAGUCAACAUAUGGGUGACGUCACACAGGGUUAGUCCACCUUCAUAUAAAAUCAGUGACGUCAACCAGCAGUGAUGGUGUGCUAGAGCUAAAGAGGGGAGCUAGCGACAAAGAAAAGAUAAUGCUGCUGCAGUAAAAGAAUAAACAGUGUUCAGACAAAAUAAAUCUAAACAAGAAAGUAUCAGACACUGAGAAGGAAAAAUAUGUCUCAACACUGGGAGGCUUUCACUGUUCGAGAGCGUGUGGGGAGCGACUGUGGGGAUAAGUUUUGAUAGUUUGUGUAAUUACUCUCCCCACCACAAGGGGGAGAUCAAAGUCCUGCACUGCAGCUUUAAAGAGUUCGACUUUUUGGAAUCGUUCUUAUUUGCGCUAUUCGCGUUAGUUAGAUGAUACAACUGCUGUAACUCUCAUAUUUGUUUGGUAAAUAUGAAGCUACGGCCCGCAGCUAGUUAGCUUAGCAUAAAAGCUGCAAACACAAGAAAAUACUAGUCUGUCAUCAAAAUAAUCUAUAGAACAAACAGUUAUCUAUAGGCUAAGUUAACCAGAUGCUAGCUGUAGGUUCAUCUUUAGUAUGCAGACGUAAGAGUACACUUCAUAAAAUCAAGAAUCUUGUUUCUUCCGCUAAUACAGCGUCUGGCAUAUGUCUGUUUCUUAAAGGAAUUGAUUAAAAUAAAUUAAAAGGAAGUGCCAAGCUGAGAUGGAUGAACUGCUGAUGUUUAGGUAGAAGACACUCAGACGGUUUUAUAGGUCACGGCAAAAGACUGUGAAGAAUUAAAAAAAAAAAAAAAAAAACGCAGUAAAAGCUUCCAGAUGUAAGUUUUUGAAAACUAUUUAUUUAUUGACUUAUUUAUUUUCAUUUGUAACUAUGAGGACAUCAGGUGUUUGGGAAUUAAAAGCUGCAUUUAUAGGUAUUUGUGCAAAUCUAAGCCUGUCUUAAAAAAAAACAAAAAAACACCUCACUCUAAUGAUACUACCCUGUUUAAAUCCCUUUGCUACUGUCACAUCUUCUUCGUCAUUAUCGACAGGCGAAAAUAAAAAAAAAAACUUUUACUAAGUUUCUAAUUUAUACACACUAAUCCUCGAUUUCUAAUAACAAUGUGACGUUCAAAAUAACAAGCAGUCUUGUUGUUUUGGAAAUCGGCAUGUUGUGAACUCUUUGUCGUAAUUUUUUUCUGUAGAAUGUGAUAAUUCAGUCUCGUCAUGCAGUAACACAGCUGGAGCCUUCAGAGAGGUCGUCGUCGGGUCUCCUAUGCAUCUUUAGUUUCUCGAUAGGAGUGUGACUUAAUGCCAUCGCAGCACGCUGUUUGGUGUCUUUGCUGUGAGAGGAGCGCGUUUCGACUGUCUCCGCGAGCACUUUUAUUUCUGUCAAAUCACUGUGACACUUGUAUUUUGUCGUCGAGAGAAAGUUUGAAUAAACCUUACUACUGUAUUCACAGACCUGUGUGGCAACGUGUUUGCAUAAUAAAGCUCAAAGACUGUU